AAGACUGAAACUGAGUGUGAAAAUACCAAAGACUGACAACCGUUCAGUGGAUUGUAGCUUUUUUUUUUUUUUAAUCUUUUUUUGUGUUUUUCUUAAAUCUAUUAUAGGCUAAUCAUGGCUUUUCUGAUCUACCUGACUGUAUUGACAACAGCCGUCAUCACACAGGUGACUGCUAGCUGCCCAUCAGUGUGUGACUGCCCUGCAGAGCCCCUGGUUUGCCCUCCAGGAGUUAGCACCGUGCCAGAUGGAUGCGGGUGCUGCAAGGUGUGCGCCGCACAGCUCAACCAGGACUGCAGCCCCAUGAGGCCUUGCGACCACCACAAAGGGCUGGAGUGUAAUUACGGCAACGAUGUGACCAUGGCCUGGGGCAUCUGUCGAGCAAAAUCAGAGGGACGCACAUGUGAGUACAACGGCAGGAUCUACCAGAAUGGUGAGAGCUUCCGUGCCGGCUGUAAACACCAGUGUACCUGCAUCGACGGCGCCGUUGGCUGCGCUCCUCUCUGCACCAACAAGCUGCCUCCGGCCUCUCCAUCCUGCCCGUACCCACGGCUGGUCAGGGUUCCCGGGCAGUGCUGCUUCAGGGUGGACUGCCAUAAGGGCACCUGGCAGCUUCCACCUAAACAUCAGGUGCCUCCACCGAAACAACACUUGCCCAGACGUCAGCACCAACCUGAAAAUAAUGAGCUAGCCAAUGAGCUUGCAGACGUUAAGUCCAGCGGCUGGGAGAGUGAUCAUGGCUACAAACACCUGCCUGAGCUGAACCAUCUUAAGUGUCCAGUCCAGACUACCGACUGGUCACAGUGCUCCCGCAGCUGUGGAAUGGGCGUUUCUUCUCGCAUCACCAACAAGAAUCCUCAGUGUAAGCUGGAGAGAGAGACGCGAGUCUGCACCGUACGGCCAUGCCACGGCCUGACAGUCCCAGCCAAGAGAGGGAAGAAGUGCUCCCCAACACAGAAAGCCCCGGAGCCCAUCCGCCUGUCUUACGGAGAAUGCCUGAGUGUCCGCCUCUACCGGCCUAACUACUGCGGCGUGUGUUUGGAUGGACGCUGCUGCUCGCCACGCCGCACACGCACCAUCCCUGUGACCUUUGUUUGCCCUGAUGGAGAGCAUUUCCAGAAGUCUGCCAUGUUCAUCCAGUCAUGUAAAUGCAGCGAUGACUGUGGUUACCUUAAUGAAGUGGCCCUUCCUCCACAGCAGUGGAUGUACGGAGAUACACACCAGUUCAUAGACUAGUAAUGAGGGGGAUUUUUUUUUUUAUUAUUAUUUAAAUGUGAUGAGGUCAACUGUCUUUUUUGUUGAAGGAAAACUCUUCAAGACUAGGGGCCAUUUUUCACAUCUGGCUCCAAAUGAGUAAAGACCAGGGCUGCCUUUAUUCUCAAUCAUAAAGGAAACCCUUUAUUGUGAUAUUAUUACAUGACCGGAGCGGAUUGUGUACUGCUCCUGUUCAAACAGACAUGGGACCUAAAUUAGAGUCCUGAUGGACUUCCUCCACUCUCUGGACUGAUUGUUGAUUCAGGUGUGGAGGAUUUCUUAUUUUUUGAGACAUUCAGAUCAUCCUGAAAGGAGAAACACUACAAGAGCAACAAAGCACUUUGUUUAGCACUGAAAGUUAGGAACUAUAAUGACGACAGCAGUGCACAAGGAUCACCUCACCUGCAACAACAGCCUCACAUACUGUGACGGUGGAUGACUCCGUGUCCCAAAAUGCACUGCGAUUACUCAGUGACAACAAGCAAAAGAAUCUUUUGCAGCUUUAUGUAAAGUGAAAAUGUGGACUUUUGUUAUUCAAAAUAUAUCAAAUCAGCAUGUUAUGAACAUAAGCACAGACUGCAGCGAUUGUGCCAUUUUUGGGCACAAGUACAUGACAAGCCAUUUAUAUUUACACACAGCAAUGAAUGACACUGUUCUUCAAAUGAUAAUGAACACUAUCCGAAACUGACAAGCAUUCAAUGAGUACUGGACCAAUGCCAAUUGAUUUCUUGUUUGUGCAUUAAAUGCAGUGUAGAGAAAUGUCUUACACAAACCUGUAUUUGAGAUUUUUUUUGGAUCACACUGUAUUCUGUAAAUAUUUUCUUUAUUUGGAUCCAAGUUUGUCUUAUUGUUCCAUUUAUACACUACUGUUGAUAAAUUGUAGCUGUCACUCAUUUUUGUUGGUCAAACCAUGUGAUAAAACUGUCUGCUGA